GGUUAAUGAAGGUUAAAAUGCAGCGGUAUCUGCAAAAUCUGGCCUUGAAGUCGCUUUCAGUUAAAAAGGAAGCUUGUGAAUAUAUGGCGUUUAUGUUCUUUCGAGGAAAGAUAAUGAUUUUUUAAGCAUCUUUUUCUGUUUAGUGCGUUUUCAUGUCCUUGAUUAUCAUAUUGUCUGACCCGACCAGUGAUUAUAUCAUUGUUUCUCCCUAAUUUACAUAUAUUUAAUUCUAUUUUCAAAUCCUCUAUUUUUAUGGACUGUAAGCUAAUUACUUUACAAGGUAUUUGUUGGUUGUUCAGUCGUUUGUAUACUCUGUUUUACGAUACUUUUUACUUAUGAUGGCAAAUACAUAUCAUGAACACAAUCUCCCAUUUUUUGGGGGAGAUCUUUGUCCGGUUUGGGUAAAUUUUGAGGAAAUCGCUAUAGAAGACUUUAGGGAAAUGCCUUAGAACCCUCCAGAAUUUCUCUAGGUCAGUGAAAAAUCCUCAAAGAUCUUGGGAAUUUUUCCAAUACGUCCGCAGAAUCUUUUAACUCUGGGGUUUUUGUUCACACGUUCCAUCAACUUCGGGGAAAACUACCAUAUUUCUCACGAGUCUGGGUAAAACCCCGACAUUCGCCAAAGUGGUGCUACGUGUGUUUGGCUCGUAAUUGGAUAUUUCCUGUGAUCGUCAAUCCGUACUUGAAAUUUUGUGACCAAUCAAGUGUUCAUUUAACACAUUAUUAUUGUUCACUUACCUGUCUGUUUUUCUAUGGUUCAUCCCUUUCAAAAUUUUGGAAUAAAUUAACGUUUCAUUUUUACCAGUUUAGUAAUUGUUAUGUUUUUCUCAUGUAAAUUCUCCCUGCAGGUAUUAAAAGCAAAUAUAUUCUGUUUAAUUUAAUCCCAUUACCCACCUGCUAUGUCUAAACGUUUUAAGAAGGAUAAAAUUGUAGACAAUACUGGUCACACUGAACCUUACAGGCUUCCGGAUCCCCUUUAUGCUAAUAGAUAUCGUAAUCAAUUUUCAUCAAAUCAGUCUAACUUCGAAAGGAAUGAUAAUAACGUGGAUGAAGCACAUCUCUUCGUGCCACCUUGUUUACAUUUGCCCCCAUCUUAUGUUUCACACAUGAAUCAUUCUGAUUUCAACAUUAGUGAUAAUAAUACUACUAGUAAUAAACAUGGAUCUCAGGGUGUUGUGGAAAAAGUAAUGCUUCGUCUCGUUAAGUAUUUUGAGAAGCCACAGAACAAUGCAUCACAUGAGCACACUAAUUGUAAUUACCUGCACAGUGAUUCAGCACUUGAUGAACGUCCACUUAUUUGUGAUCAUGAUGAAUAUGGUGGUGAUCAUGUUAAUUCCACUGCAGCAACAGCAGCAGGCGCAUCAACAUCAUCACCAACUACAGAAGACGGUGCGGAUUCAACAGCUACUUUUAUUAAUCCAAACGAAGUAGAAAGUUGGAUGCGUCGUCGAUUGUAUUAUCAUUUUAUGACACCUAUUGGUAAAUUUCAUGCUAAACGACGUAUUCCAUUCAAACUGUUCGUUCAGAUUCUCAAGGUGUUAUUAGUUACAAUCCAGUUAAUUGAAUUUGGAUUUUAUCGGGCAGCUCAUGUAUCUUUUGGUGAUGUAUCACACAAAGCAUUUUGUCAUCUGUACUUACGUCAUUGGGAUUCGCAAUAUGAAACAUUAGAUUAUCCACCAGCAACUGGUGAUUAUGCUGUAUACACAAUAAAUGAUUUUUAUGAACACAUUGGUUAUACUAUCACCCAGUUCAAUAAAACAAAAGAAUUAGCCAUUGGUGGUUAUAUGUUUGAUUCAUUGAAUGCAACAAUGAAAUUAUGUAUGAGAUAUGUAUCUCCUACGACAAAUGAAGAUAAACAUUCUAUGCUCAGUGUAUCAUAUAUACGUGAAUCAGAAAAAUGUACAUCUAUUGAAGUGAAUAAAAUCAAUUCGGAACAAUUAGCUAAUGGAAAUUUAAUAAAAACAUUUUUACAGGAUCAUCAAUUAGAUAUUGAUUUUAAUUAUUUACUUGGAUUUGAUAUUCAUUUCAAUCUGUUAUCUCCACCAAUUUAUCAGUUGGAUUGGACGCAAAGCACUGAAUGUUAUCGUUUUAUGAUUAAGAUAUCUUUAGAUAAUCCUUCUCAAUCCGGUCAAAUGAAAAUUAUUCUACGUGCACCAUAUGCAUCAACUCCAUGUAUUGAUAUAUCAAAACAAUUACAUAAUAAUAAUAAUAAUUAUACAUUUGAUCAUAAUAUAUCUAUAAUAAAGUCGUCGUCGUCGUCAUCAUCAUCAUCUUCGUCGUCGUCAUCAUCAUCAUCAUCGUCUUCGUCUUCUUCAAUGAGUCGUUCAUUAUUAUCAUCUAUAAUUGAACAAUAUAAUAAUGAGAAUAAAUAUAAAUUAUUAAUUGAAUUUUGGAAUAUAACAAUGAAUAAAUCGAUUGAUAUGAAAUAUUUAUUCUCGCAUAGAUUAUUAGUGAUCAUUAUUGAUAGUUUAACAUUAAUACUUGGUAUUAUAUCAUGUAUAUUAUGUAUAAGAUCUAUUAUACAAGGAUUUUAUAUGUGGAUUGAAACUAUUUAUUUCUUUAAAAAUUGGUUUGGUAUUCAAUUAAAUGAAGUAUUUUGGGAAUUUAUUCGUCCAUGGAUUUUAUUUAUUAUAAUUAAUGAUUUAAUUAUUAUUAUUACAUCUAUAUAUGCAUUGAGUACAUUAAAUCAUAUUCAAGUGAAAUAUGAACCAUUGACUUAUUUAAUGGGUAUUGGUGCAUUACUUGUCUGGAUUGGUAUACUAUACUAUGUUGGUUUCUCAUAUGAUAAUAGCUUACUUAUUCGUACAAUAUCUCGUUCUAUACCUGGUCUAUUACGUUUUUGUGUUUGUGCAUUAAUUUUAUUUUUUGCAUUUAGUUUAUGCGGUUGGGUUGUAUUAGGACCGUAUAAUAUAAAAUUUCGUACAUUUAUGUCAACUGUUGAAUGUUUAUAUAGUUUAAUUAAUGGUGAUGAUAUGUUUGUUACAUUUACUAUUAUUAAUAAUAAUGCUCCAAAUGGAAUUUAUUUAUUUAGUCGUUUAUUUUUAUAUUUAUUUAUUACAUUAUUUAUAUAUGUUGUAUUAAAUUUAUUUGUCACAAUUAUAUUUGAAGCAUAUGAAGAAGUAAAAGAUAUGCAAAAUACUCAUGGACGUUCAAAUAAUUCACCAUUAUGGCAUUUUGUAUGUCAACAAUAUUAUAAUCCUAAAUCAUCUAUAUUUAAAGAAGAUGAUACACGACCUGAUAGACAUUUACUUUAUGAACAUGCACUUGGUUAUAUCAUGAAAACAUCAUCAUCAUCAACAACAACAACAGCAACACCACCACCACCACCACCAUCAAUAGCAAAAAAAUCACAUCAUUUCAAUAGUAGAUUAUCAUCAUCAGCAAUUAAUAAUGAAUCUUUAAAAUGUAAACAUUCUUUAAUAAAUCAUCCACAUAUUCCACAACAACAACAACAACAACAACAUCGUCAACAUCAAGAAGGUGAAAGCGGAGAAACAUGCUGUUGUUGUUGUUGUUGUCAUCGUCAUCAUCAUCAACAACAACAACAACAACAGACACAAUCACAUCAAUAUUCAUUACAGAAUAAUAAUAAUAAUCAGAAUUCAUUAAAUCUAUUGAAUAAUUCUAUAAAUGUAGACAAUAUCUUGUCUAUGAAAAUAGCAAAAACAUUUGAAAAUAAUUCAAAUCAAAUUGAAGAGAAUCAUGACGAUACUACUGAAGAACUUCAACAAAGAAUUGAACAAAUCGAUCAUAACGAUAAUGAUGAUGAGGAGGAUAUUCAUGUAAAUAAUGUUCGUAAUCGAAUGAUUGAAGAAGAGUGAUCCUAAUCUCUAUAGUUGAUGAAUAGAUCAGUUCAAUCUAUGAAUAUCUAGAUCUAUAUCUAUAUAGAUUGAUUAUUUAUUGUUUUUUUUUUAUUAUCUAAUUAUAUUUCAAAUGAAUUAUAAUUCAUUAUAUCUUUCUAUAUUUUAUGUUAAUUGGUUCUUCUUCUUCUUCUUCUUCUCCUACUCCUUCUCCUUCUUCAUCAUCAUCAUCAUUAUCUUCUCUUGUUUACACCCCUAUUUGAAUCAAUUAUAGUUGAUGCAUUUGUAUUAGUUUACUUAUUCUAUGAAGAGAUGAACAUAUUUUUAUUUUAUUAGAAUUAUUAAUACUACUAAUAAUGUAUUAGUAUUAUCUAUCUAUAUCUAUCUAUCUUAUCUAUCUAAUUCUUAUGUGUUCUUAUAUGAUUAUGACAUAUUUUAUAGUCUAUUUACAAAUUUAUAUUACUGAUAUUAAACUACAUUUUAAUAUGAAAAAAAAUAUAUAUAUAUAUAUAUUGAUAAUAAUAUGUUCUAGUUUUCUAUACUAUCUAUUAGUAAAUGCAGUGGGUUUCGAACUAUGGAUCUUACUGACCAAAUGUCCAUGGGUAUCUUAUGGUUGCCUUUGUGUUUAAAGUAAGUAAAUAGUUAGCUAGUAUUGUACUCGGUUGUCAUCACCUUUUCUCUUUCUACUGGUGAUCAAAUAGAUCAUGAAGAUGUCAACAUUUGAAGGGAAGCACGGGAUAAAGUGGACAUUUAGGAUGCAGUUGGAUG